CUGGGCGACUCGGCUGCGGGUCAAGGCUGCUUUGCUCAAUACAAGCCAUCUUCGGUUAUGCCUCCGACUCAUGGCACGAUAUGGACACAACAGACCGCCCAAGGUUUACAGCCUGCCGGCAUCUUGCUGGCGCUGCUUAUGCUCGGCUUU